AUCCUCAGCCACAACUCGAUCAGCUUCUUCUUGGUCAAACCUAGAUAUUGAGAGAGAGAGAGGAUGGAAAAGCUAGUGUUGUUGAGUGUUGUAAUAUCGUUGGUGGGGAUAUCCACCACGCAAGUAAGAACAGCGUGCGGAGCCGGCUGGCUGGGAGCACAUGCAACAUUCUACGGUGGAAGCGAUGCGUCGGGCACAAUGGGAGGUGCAUGUGGUUAUGGGAAUCUAUACACGGAUGGUUAUGGGACCAAAACGGCAGCAUUGAGCACCGUUCUGUUCAACGACGGGAAGGCAUGCGGUGGAUGCUAUCAGAUAGUGUGCGACGCAACACAAGCGCCACAGUGGUGCCUCAGAGGGACUCACAUCACAAUCACAGCCACAAAUUUCUGCCCUCCGAACUAUGCUCUUCCCAACGACAAUGGUGGUUGGUGCAAUCCUCCCAGACCUCAUUUCGACAUGUCCCAGCCUGCUUUUGAGACCAUAGCCAAGUACAGAGCCGGGAUUGUUCCCAUUUUCUACAGACGGGUUGGGUGCAAGAGAAGCGGAGGCAUCAGGUUUACCAUAAAUGGGAGAGACUAUUUCGAGCUUGUGCUAAUAAGCAACAUGGGAGGUGCUGGAGAAAUCUCACGAGUUUGGAUCAAAGGGUCCAGGAUGACUAACUGGGAAACCAUGUCCAGGAAUUGGGGUGCUAACUGGCAGAGCCUAAGCUAUCUCAACGGUCAGAGCUUGUCUUUCAGAGUCCAACUCAGCAACGGCAGGUAUCGUACGGCUUAUAACGUGGCACCCUCCAACUGGAGAUUUGGCCAGUCCUUCGUCAGCAACGUCCAGUUCUGAAGGGGAGAAUUUAAAUUAUUACUAUUGGAUCUUGUUCUUCCCCUUCACCUCCGCACGUCUCCCUUGUUUCUCGUCAGUUCUUGCUUUGUCCGUAAAAACAAUGUACGCUUCCAAUUCCCAGUGGUUGUGGCACAGCAACACUAGCACUUUGCAGCGAUGCCCACCACCUUGGAUAUAUAUCAAUAUAUUUGCCAUGCAAGUCUAACGAGUGUGAUGGAUUUACGGCUUGUAAA